CCAACAACAAAACAGCGAUGCCAGGGCGCUAACGGCGCCCGGUGCCUCCCGGGCGCCCUCCCCUCCCCACGCCUCCUCUGGCCGCCGCCCCCGCCCCCCCCCCCAUCCCGGGAGGAGUGCCCCCACCACCACUAGCCGGGCCGCGGGCUCCGAGCGCGAUCGGCAACAAUGUUUACGUUCCGGGGAUUAUGACGUCGACGCCUCCCCCCCCACACAACUGCUGAAAAUGGUUUCCUAGGACUUUGCAAACGGAUCUGCUUAAGUGUUGGUGCAAAACUUUGUAGAUCUCGGCUCUGGCUUGCUUUAUUUAUUUAUUUUUUGGCUUGUUUUCUUUGGUCUUCCCUCCUUCCCCCCUCCGCCAAAAUGCAGGGGGCAGGAGUGUUGACAAUUAAUUGGUGAACUCUCCUAAAAAAAUGGAGGCAGAGAAAGACUCUGGAAGAAGAUUGCGCCCGAUUGACCGCCAGAGAUACGACGAGAACGAGGACUUAUCGGACGUGGAGGAGAUCGUCAGCGUCCGCGGCUUCAGCCUGGAGGAGAAGCUGCGCAGCCAGCUGUACCAGGGGGACUUCGUGCACGCCAUGGAGGGCAAAGAUUUCAACUAUGAGUACGUGCAGAGAGAAGCUCUCAGAGUUCCCCUGAUAUUUCGAGAAAAGGAUGGACUUGGAAUUAAGAUGCCUGACCCUGAUUUCACAGUCCGAGAUGUCAAACUCCUAGUGGGCAGCCGGCGGCUGGUGGAUGUGAUGGACGUGAACACCCAGAAAGGCACGGAGAUGAGCAUGUCGCAGUUUGUGCGGUACUAUGAGACGCCCGAGGCCCAGCGGGACAAGUUGUACAAUGUCAUCAGCCUCGAGUUCAGCCACACCAAGCUGGAGCACUUGGUCAAGCGUCCCACCGUGGUGGACCUGGUGGACUGGGUGGACAACAUGUGGCCUCAGCACUUGAAGGAAAAGCAGACGGAAGCCACAAACGCCAUUGCGGAGAUGAAGUACCCGAAAGUGAAGAAGUACUGUCUGAUGAGCGUGAAAGGUUGUUUCACUGACUUCCACAUCGACUUUGGAGGCACUUCCGUUUGGUACCAUGUUUUCCGGGGCGGGAAGAUAUUUUGGCUGAUUCCUCCAACCUUGCACAACUUAGCGCUGUACGAGGAGUGGGUGCUCUCAGGCAAACAGAGUGACAUCUUCCUGGGAGACCGUGUGGAACGAUGCCAAAGAAUUGAGCUGAAGCAGGGCUACACAUUUUUCAUCCCUUCCGGCUGGAUCCAUGCAGUCUACACCCCCGUAGACUCCCUGGUAUUCGGCGGAAAUAUCCUGCACAGCUUCAACGUGCCCAUGCAGCUGCGGAUCUACGAGAUUGAGGACAGAACACGGGUGCAGCCCAAAUUCCGUUAUCCCUUCUACUAUGAGAUGUGCUGGUAUGUCUUGGAGAGAUACGUGUACUGUGUGACCCAGCGGUCCUACCUCACUCAGGAAUACCAGAGAGAAUCAAUGCUUAUUGAUGCCCCAAGAAAGCCCAGCAUAGACGGCUUCUCAUCAGAUUCCUGGCUGGAGAUGGAGGAAGAGUCCUGUGAGCAGCAGCCCCAGGAAGAGGAGAAGGAGGAAGAGGAAGAGGAAGAGGAGGAGGGCACAGAUAAGACGCCCAAACCACCCACUGAUGGCCCUGCCUCGCCCACCAGCAUCCCCUCAGAGGACCAGGAGGCCCCUGGGAAGAAGCCCAAAGCCCCUGCCAUGCGGUUCCUCAAAAGAACUUUGUCGAACGAGUCGGAGGACAGUGUGAAGUCCGCCACGAUGCCCAUAGACUACCCCAAGACGCCCACCGGCUCUCCGGCCACUGAGGUCUCUGCCAAAUGGACCCACCUCACCGAGUUUGAGCUGAAGGGCCUGAAAGCUCUGGUGGAGAAACUUGAAUCCCUCCCUGAGAAUAAGAAGUGUGUCCCAGAGGGCAUUGAGGACCCCCAGGCACUCCUGGAGGGUGUGAAGAAUGUCCUGAAGGAGCAUGCGGACGACGAUCCCAGUCUGGCCAUCACUGGGGUCCCUGUAGUCACUUGGCCAAAGAAGACUCCAAAGAACCGAGCGGUGGGUCGGCCCAAGGGGAAGUUGGGCCCGGCCUCCGCCGUGAAGUUGGCCGCCAACCGGACCACGGCGGGAGCUCGCCGACGCCGGACGCGAUGCCGCAAGUGCGAGGCCUGCCUGCGGACGGAGUGCGGAGAGUGCCACUUCUGCAAGGACAUGAAGAAGUUCGGGGGCCCCGGGCGGAUGAAGCAGAGCUGCAUCAUGCGGCAAUGCAUUGCGCCAGUGCUGCCCCAUACCGCCGUGUGCCUGGUGUGUGGCGAGGCAGGGAAAGAGGACACGGUGGAAGAGGAAGAAGGCAAGUUUAACCUCAUGCUCAUGGAGUGCUCCAUCUGCAACGAAAUCAUCCACCCUGGAUGCCUUAAGAUUAAGGAGUCAGAGGGCGUGGUCAACGAUGAGCUUCCAAACUGCUGGGAGUGUCCAAAGUGUAACCACGCCGGCAAGACCGGGAAACAAAAGCGUGGCCCUGGCUUUAAGUACGCCUCCAAUCUGCCCGGCUCCCUGCUCAAGGAGCAGAAGAUGAACCGGGACAACAAGGAAGGGCAGGAGCCUGCCAAGCGGAGGAGUGAGUGUGAGGAGGCGCCCCGGCGCAGGUCAGACGAGCACCCCAAGAAGGUGCCCCCUGACGGCAUCCUGCGCCGAAAGUCGGAUGAUGUGCACCUGAGGAGGAAGCGGAAAUAUGAGAAGCCCCAGGAGCUGAGUGGACGCAAGCGACUAAAGCCUGGCAAAGAAGAUAAGCUUUUCAGGAAAAAGCGUCGAUCCUGGAAGAACUCAGAGGACCGGAUGGCUCUAGCCAACAAGCCCCUCAGGCGGUUCAAGCAGGAGCCAGAGGAUGACCUGCCCGAGGCGCCCCCCAAGACCAGGGAGAGUGACCACUCCCGCUCCAGCUCCCCCACUGCUGGGCCCAGUACCGAAGGCACAGAGGGCUCGGAGGAGAAGAAGAAAGUGAAGAUGCGCCGGAAGCGGCGGCUCCCCAACAAGGAGCUGAGCAAGGAGCUGAGCAAGGAGCUGAACCAGGAGAUCCAGAAGACGGAGAGCAGCCUGGCCAAUGAGAACCACCAGCCCAUCAAGUCAGAGCCCGAGAGUGAGAACGAGGAGCCCAAGCGGCCCCUGGGCCUCUGUGAGCGCCCCCACCGCUUCAGCAAGGGCCUCAACGGCACCCCCCGGGAGCUGCGGCACCAGCUGGGGCCUGGGCUGCGCAGCCCACCCCGAGUCAUCUCCCGGCCCCCUCCCUCCGUGUCCCCCCCUAAAUGUAUCCAGAUGGAGCGACAUGUGAUCCGGCCACCCCCCAUCAGCCCCCCGCCCGACUCGCUGCCCCUGGACGAUGGGGCAGCCCACGUCAUGCACAGGGAGGUGUGGAUGGCCGUCUUCAGCUACCUCAGCCACCGAGACCUAUGUGUUUGCAUGCGGGUCUGCAGGACCUGGAACCGCUGGUGCUGUGAUAAGCGGUUAUGGACCCGCAUCGACCUGAACCACUGCAAGUCCAUCACGCCCCUGAUGCUGAGUGGCAUCAUCCGGCGACAGCCUGUUUCCCUGGACCUCAGCUGGACCAAUAUCUCCAAGAAACAGCUGAGCUGGCUCAUUAACCGGUUGCCUGGGCUCCGAGACUUGGUGCUGUCGGGCUGCUCAUGGAUUGCAGUCUCAGCCCUCUGUAGCUCCAGCUGCCCGCUGCUCCGGACCCUGGAUGUCCAGUGGGUAGAAGGACUAAAGGACGCCCAGAUGCGGGAUCUUCUGUCUCCACCUACGGAUAACAGGCCAGGUCAGAUGGAUAAUCGGAGUAAGCUCCGGAACAUCGUGGAGCUGCGUCUUGCUGGCCUGGACAUCACCGACGCCUCCCUGCGGCUCAUCAUUCGCCACAUGCCCCUGCUCUCCAAGCUCCACCUCAGUUACUGUAACCAUGUCACCGACCAGUCCAUCAACCUGCUCACUGCCGUGGGCACCACCACCCGAGACUCCUUAACCGAAAUCAACCUUUCAGACUGCAAUAAGGUUACUGACCAGUGCCUGUCCUUCUUCAAACGCUGUGGGAAUAUCUGUCACAUUGACCUGAGGUAUUGCAAGCAAGUCACCAAGGAAGGCUGCGAGCAGUUCAUAGCGGAAAUGUCUGUUAGUGUCCAGUUCGGGCAAGUGGAAGAAAAACUCCUGCAAAAACUGAGUUAGUCCAAGGACAAACCGCAGCACGAUUCCAUUUUGCAAGUCUGGCCGAGGGAGCAGCCGUUCUGCCGCCCGUUUCGGAGAUGAGUGAGCCGGGCGCAUUCCUCGGGUCUUUCUGAAUCAAAACUGCACUGCUUUCUGGACCAUUUCUAAGGCGGCCUUUUAUCAAGAAGACAUUCCUGUCGAGAGGAAGAGGAUGGACUUGGGAGAAAUUUUCUUACUCAAGCAUGAGCUUAGGAAUUGUUUUUGGACGUGGUGGUGGUUUUGUUUUGGACACCUUAUUCCUGGCAACUUUGGGGGUUUUGGUGUCAGCCUAAAGUGGACCACACACCACAUCUGCCGUCUUGACAUAUUUGUUUGGUUUUGUUACAUCUUACAUUAUGCAGAACUAUUUUUGUACAAAUUGUUUAAAAGUUAUUUAUGCAAGGUUUGAAUGCAUACCAGUGUUUUUAUUGUUUUGAGAUUGCCAACUUUCCUGGUUUCUUUAAAGUAGGAGAGAACUUAACCUGUACUUCAUACAAAUCCAUCUACACAUGUGCCCAGAUGUGGCAAAGUAGGCUCAGACCUCCCAGGUAAAAGCAUGUUUAACUGGAAGUUGAGUGCCUGCUUUGUAUGUCAAGAAGUUUAAGCAUGUUGUGGGUAUAUGUAAAUUAGAGUCAAAGUGAGACACUUGGCUAAAUUUCCUCUGUAUAGAAUUCACCUUUUCCUCAAAAUUUUAAAAUUCUGACUUCAGCCUUUGCACUCAGGAGGGUUAUGCUCCAGCAUGAGCUCUUGUACUCUACAUAGAUCUAAUUUCUACAGUGAGUCAAGAAGUAGAAUAAACGAUUCAACAUAGUCUUUCUUUUCCUUUUUUUUCCUCCUCUCCUUCGAAGUGGAGUUGAGUUCUCGUUUAAGGUUUAUAACAUGGCUGUUUCCCAGUUGUAAAGUUAUGCAUUCAUAAGUGCCAUUGUUGUAAGGUGUUGUUUUCCUAGCCCCUCCCUGACACGGUUUUACCUUUGUUGAAUUUGUAUAAACAAUUGUACAAAAAAAGCA